AUGCGUUUUCAAACAUUCUUGCUGGCUGUGCUCAGCUCUGCUCUCGGUAUCAAUGCGUACUGGUUAGAGACCAUAUCCCAUCAGGGUGUUGCGCCUUUUGCUGGCACCGGAUACAAGUUCUUUCGCAAUGUGAAAGACUAUGGAGCCAGGGGAGACGGGGUCACCGAUGAUACAUCGGCUAUUAACGCAGCCAUUAACGAUCCAGGCAACCGAUGCUUGCAGGGUUGUGCGUCGACCACCACUACCCCAGCCAUCCUCUACUUCCCAGCCGGAACGUACAUGAUAUCUUCGUCGAUCGUGCCAUCCUAUUUCACUCAGCUUGUGGGCGACCCGAGUUCCCGCCCAAUCUUGAAGGCCACAAGCAACUUUGCGGGGUUCGGUCUCAUCGAUGGAAACCCAUACUAUACUUCAGACCCCAACUGGGUCACCACAAAUGUGUUCUACAGACAGGUCAGGAACUUCGUCAUCGAUACCACGAACAUCGCCCCUGGCACGGCAGCGACAGGCAUGCAUUGGCCUACUUCGCAAGCAACCUCGCUCCAGAACAUCGAGUUCAACAUGCCAACGGCUUCGGGCGUUGUUCACGUAGGGUUGUUCAUUGAGAGUGGUUCCGGUGGAUUCAUGAGCGACCUGACCUUCAAUGGUGGUGCUACGGGUGCCUCAAUGGGUAACCAGCAGUACACGAUGCGAAACUUCACCUUCAACAACUGCGUAACGGCCAUCAUCCACCUUUGGGACUGGGGUUGGACGUACAUGGGUCUCUCCAUCAACAAUUGUAGCACGGGCAUCGAUAUUACAGCCGGUGGCUCUUCAGCUUUGACAACAGGAGCUGUGGUCGUGAUUGACAGUUCAUUUGUGAACGUGCCGGUGGGUAUUCUCACUGCUUACACUUCUUCAUCUCUGCCCGACACGGCCGGAAAUCUCGUCCUAGAGAAUGUAGCACUGCAGAAUGUACCGGUUGCUGUCAAGGGGCCAAGCGGAACUGUCUUGUCUGGGGCAACUGGAUCGACGACAAUCACUGGAUGGAGUGAGGGGAACCGAUGGACCUCGAGUGGACCAUCGCGAGUGCAAGGAACCCUCCAAGCGAACAGCAGACCCUCGGCUCUUUUGGAGGGCAACAAGUAUUACACGCGAUCCAAACCCCAGUAUGAGACUCUCUCGGCAGAUCAAUUUGUUAGUGUAAGGAGUGCUGGUGCCAAGGGUGAUGCGGCAGCGGACGACACGGCCGCAAUCCAAUCAGCCAUCAACAAUGCCGCAUCUGCGGGCAAGGUUGUUUUCAUCGAUUUCGGUCUGUACAGACUGACAUCAACCGUGGUCAUCCCAGCCGGCACCAAGAUUGUUGGCGAGGGUUACCCCGUCCUCAUGGCUGCUGGCACUGGCUUCUUUACCGAUGCUUCCAACCCUGUGCCACUGCUUCAGGUCGGUGCCACGUCCGGCACGGUGGGAACUGUCGAGUUUUCCGACUUUGUCGUUGCCACUCAAGGAUCUCAACCCGGAGCCAUUCUGAUCGAAUGGAACCUCGCAUCGAGCGGAGCGCCGAGCGCCAUGUGGGAUGUUCACACCAGGGUCGGCGGGUUUACAGGCUCAAAUCUCCAGGUCGCCCAAUGUCUUAAGAAUGCCGGGUCUAGCGAAGUCGUCUCGAGCUGCGUCGCUGCCUAUAUGUCUAUGCAUAUCACGACGAAGGCCUCGAAUCUCUAUAUGGAAAAUUGCUGGCUUUGGACUGCCGACCACGACAUUGACGAUGCCACGAACACGCAGACCACCAUCUACGCCGGCCGAGGUCUCCUCGAUGAAUCUACCGCCGGGCCGCUCUGGCUGAUUGGCACGGCUUCUGAACACCACGUUUUGUACAACUAUCAGUUUGUCAACACCAAGAACAUCUUUGCCGCCCAGCUGCAAACCGAGACGCCAUACUACCAACCAACCCCGAAUGCACUGGUCCCCUUUACUGUCAACUCGGCUCUCCAUGAUCCCGACUUCAGUACUUCGUGCUCUGGUGUCUCUGGAAACUGCGCUGCUUCUUGGGGUCUUCGAAUCGUCGACUCGAGUGACAUUGUUGUUUACGGUGCGGGCCAUUACUCAUUUUUCAGCAGCUACGACACUACCUGUUCAACCGUGGAUGCUGGAGAGAACUGCCAAUCUCGUAUGGUUUCUCUGGAGGGCACACUGAGCAACAUCAACUUCUAUGACCUGCGGACUAUCGGGUCCCUGAGUAUCGUGAACCGUGACGGGACUAGCUUAGCCAGCUGGGAAGACUAUGUCAACGUCUACCCCGCGAGCAUCAACGUUCUGAGGAUUUGA